AGAAAGAAUGAAAGAGGAAAAGAUUCACGGGCAACUCGAAAACAAACAACAGGAAGUUUUAAAUUUCUUUGGCUUCAAAGUUGUAACCCACAUUUUUAUAUCCCAAAAUUUCAACCUGUCUUCUGUUUGUGGCUUAUAUUCAAACCUCUUUCUCUCUCUCUGUUCUCCUCUGUCAGUGGAAACACCCGUGAACUCUUAACUCAUUCAUUCUCACUGAUUCUCUCUUAUUACCAUUCUCCUUUCCACCUAAUCCCAUUCCCUUUUCUCUCUAUAUAAAACCCAAACCCCAUUUUUAAUAACAAUUCCAUUCCCCAUUCCUCUUUCAAACUCCUUCUCAAAUCAUCAUGUCAAAACUUCACCCUCCUCCUCCUCCUCCUCCUCUUCUUCUUCUUCUUCUUCUUCUGUUGAGCUUGAGUUUCACUCAAACGCACUGCCAUACUAAAGGUUUAAAACCCAAGAACUCAUCCAGGAACAUUCUUCCCAAGAAUUCAACUAAAACCGAAUUCUCAGAACAGCAAUUCAUGAAAUGGGUGAAAUUCGUCGGUAGUCUCAGACACUCUGUUUUCAGAACGGCGAAGAAUAAGCUUUUUCCUUCUUACACACUCCAUGUAGCUAAAAAUCCCGCCGCCGGUGACUUCACGUCGAUCCAAGACGCGGUUGAUUCAUUACCCUUCAUUAAUUUAGUCAGAGUCGUCAUCAAGGUUCACGCAGGUGUAUACACAGAAAAAGUAAUCAUACCUCCAUUAAAAUCAUUCAUAACAAUCGAAGGAGCGGGAGCAGAGAAAACGAUCGUUCAAUGGGGAGACACAGCACAAACACCAGGGGCAAAUGGGCAGCCAAUGGGAACAUACAAUUCCGCAACAUUCGCAGUAAAUUCCCCUUAUUUCAUAGCCAAAAACAUCACAUUCAAGAACACAACCCCUGUUCCAGCGCCAGGGGCAAUCGGAAAGCAAGCAGUGGCAUUCAGAAUAUCAGCAGACACAGCAGCGUUCUACGGAUGCAGAUUCUUGGGAGCUCAAGACACAUUAUACGAUCAUUUAGGUCGGCAUUAUUACAAAGAUUGCUACAUAGAAGGAUCAGUGGACUUCAUAUUUGGAAAUGGGUUGUCUCUGUUCGAGGGAUGUCACGUGCAUGCGAUAGCGCAAUAUACAGGAGCCUUGACAGCGCAAGGGAGGAGCAGCUUGUUGGAAGACACAGGGUUUUCAUUCGUAAAGUGUAAGGUCACGGGUUCAGGAGCUCUGUAUUUGGGCAGAGCAUGGGGGCCAUUUUCGAGAGUGGUGUUUGCUUAUACUUAUAUGGACAAUAUUAUCAUUCCCAAAGGAUGGUAUAAUUGGGGCGAUCCCAACCGUGAAAUGACUGUAUUUUAUGGGCAAUACAAAUGUACUGGAGAAGGAGCUAGUUUUGCUGGUCGAGUUUCAUGGUCUAGAGAACUCACCGAUGAAGAAGCCAAGCCUUUUAUUUCCCUUACCUUCAUCGACGGCUCCGAAUGGAUCAAAAUAUAAUUUCUUUUUUAAUUAUUAUCAUUAUUAUUAUACACAUUUUAAUUACUAAUUAAACAAAAUAAUUCAAGUACCAUAUCAUCAAUAUGGGUUUAUUAGGUUACAAAUCUCUUGUAUUUAAUCUUUUCACUUUACUCAUAAAUCUAUA